AUGAGGAGACGUUCUAGUGGAGCUUCGCGAAGGGCACGUUCCAGAGGUAGAGCCCCCAAGGCUACAGGACCAGGACCACGAUCAAGAGGAGAGACACCAGUAGCAUCUCCUUCAUUAUACGAUAGAUUAAAUAUACCAAUAAAGAAUACAAAUAUGAAUAGGACAUCUGAAACAUCCGAAAUACUGAAAGAGCUUACUCCUGAAUACGAAGAAGCGGUUUAUAAUCUGCUAAGGAAAGGUUAUACGUUUGGCGACCUCGUCUAUUUGUUCGACCUCGAUAGAUAUACACUGAGGAACGUAUUUGAGAGCUUAAGUCUGAAUAUUAUUGUUCAAAAAAGUAGUAAAUCUACCAGCGACGAAGAAUGUCGUACGGAAAGGACUACAUUAGAGAAUACUAAUUCUUUUGACCCAAUCUUGCGAUCAAAACCGCCCCUUGGUCAAUCACAGAAUGACUAUAAUAUCAGCAGGAGGAGUAUAAGCGAUUCCACUCUUGAUACUGAAACAGCUGAUUCUAAUUUUACUCCUUCGAACUUAUCCUCGGCAAAGAAUACAUGGCCAUUACCUUCAGGUCCAGCCAAUGAGAAACUGCUCAAACACACCAACAGAUCACCUUUACAAGAUACAAGCAUGAAUCAGAUAACUGUCUCUCCUGUAGCUGUAGCUGCCAGAGAUGGAUUGUUAUCAAAUGAAAUGACCACAACACAGGGAUCAGAGACUAAUACCAUAGAGUUAACUACUAAGGAAAGUAGUCCACAAAUAUCAAAUAUUUCUCAGUUAUCUUGUGUUGCUCCAGAAAUUGUUACAUUUCCACAACCCAAAGGAUUAGCCUCAGAGGAAACAGAAUCAGCAAUACGAGGCGAAAAUCCACAAUCAUCUUCCUUGCAUACUCAACCAUUACCAUCUGAAAUGACCGUGUUGUCCUCUACUAAGACAUCAGAGGCGCGAACGAAAGAACUAUCCCACGAAACUUUAAGUACUUCUAUAGAAAAUAUUAAGAGAUCCGACAAUGGAACUGUUACAACAUCCACAUUACCUAGUAUUCAGGCGGAUAGGACAACCAAUGGAGGAACGUCAACAGAUGUUGAUAACAUUUCAAAAAAAGUAACGCUACAUGAUGCUUCUGCAAACCCUGCUACAGACAAUCCUGCGGCUACUCCUACCGAGUAUCCUGGUGAAAGUGGUAUAAUAGAAGAAGCACAUAUACCUUCUACUACACUUGCAGUUUUGGAAGGAAUAUCUACGUCAUCUACUGAAAACUCUACAGCAGACAAAAUACCUGUUGCUUUUGCUAUAAAUAAUACAGUUGAAGGAAUAGCUAUAUCCCCUACUGUUAACACUACAAAAGUAAUAGAACCAGUGCUUGCUACCGAACAUACCACUAUAGAAGGAGCGUCUGCACUUCCUACUGAAGAUAUAGAACACGAGGUGGUUGACGAUAUUAACUAUACUUCUAGUUUAGAAAAAUAUGAUGAUUAUAAUAUGCAUAUAGAAAAUUCAGCAAUGGAAACGAAACCUACCACAUCUUCAGACAUUUUACCAGAUAAGUCUCAAAGUAUCUCUCAAUUAAACGUCAAACAUGCGGAGACAGAAACUGAAAAAUUUGGAGUAUUUAAUUCUCCGGAUCAAAUGGAUUCAGAAUUUGAAACAUCCCCAUCGGAAGAUUCACGAACAUUUUUGAUACCGGUCAACCCUCUAAGCCAACCUUUACAGGCACCAUCGUAUCCAUCUACGGCAGUAGAGAUGGAUAAUAACACGAUAGAGCCAAAACGAGGAACAGAGGACACAGAUCUGGGACAAAAACAACUAGAAUCUUUAGAACCAUAUCAACCUUCUGACAAUAUUGAGGAGGUACCAUUUUCAACAAAUGAAAAUAUUAUGAUGACAAAGCCAGACAUGGGAGCUGCUGAAAUAUUAGGAGCAAACGUAACUGCUGUAACUACUUUAGAAAAUAUGCACAAUGAUAUACGAGAAGAACCCCCAUUCAAGUUCAUUAAAGCAGAACAACCUUCAAAUCCCGAUACUACGCAAGCAUAUGAUAAAACAUCUGCAUGCAUAACAACAAACGAAGAAGAGCAAAAAGAAAUACGCGACAAACAAGAACUCCAGAAGGGGAUCAAACAUGUAAUAGAUACUAAUCACCCUGAUAGAAUUAGAUUUUUUAAUACCACCAAUAAUGUACAACAACAAAUGCAUAGAGCACUUACGCAACUUAAACCAAUAUGGGCUCAAAACAAAAAAAAUGUGAAUUUCUUUUCAAGUAAGGAUGACUUCAGACAAUUUAUCAACAGGUUUCGUAAGAGUGCUAGGGAUAUUCAAGCAUUUUGCAACCAGCUAGAUUUUGAUUAUGCUCAUUUGCAUAGGGAGACAUAUCAAAAUCUGAGCGUUGUUACAGGCUCAGUCCAGAAACUAUCAACUAACGUUGUACCCCAAAGGGUACAAGCCAUUAAGGUUGAAUCUAUUAAUAGUGUAAAACAUAAAGCAGAGCCUGCCAAGAGACAGCUUGUCAAGGCAAAGCUUGCCAAGAACGCAAAUACAUAUCCUUCUGAUACAAAUAGAGGUAGUAGAUUUGAAACUAGCAGCGUUAUUAAUGAUCCAAUUGCAAAACCAGUUACAAGCAAUAUUGGAAUAGAGAAUCAAGCUGGUAAAAUUAACCUUAACAAGAUUCCAAAUAAAAUAAAAGAUAAUGUACACGAACCUUCAAAAUCUAAUAUUAAUAGCAACAUCAAAAGUGACGUCAAUGAUAAUAUUGCAUACGUUCAUAACCCACUUCCAGGUAUCAAACCUAAAAUAAACAAUGGUAUGAUACCAGUACAACCCCCAAUUAGGCCACAUGACCUACCUGGAGUAGCCCCUAGGGCUGUGGUACGAUUCCCACCGAACGAUGGAAUUUCAAAUGUUCCAAACAACAACAAAAGACGUACCAACUCAACUCUCGUGCCAAAUAGUAGUUUACCUCAGCAAACUGCAAAACAUUUAAGUACGUCUACACAUGACACUAACCGACCUGUAAUGCUGCCAAUGCCAGUGCCUGUCCCAGCGCAGCGUAACAAACCCUACAGCGGCUUAAAAUUACCAUCUGGACCAUCUUCAAAAGCUAUAAAAUCACAAGUGCCUUACCGUAGAUCAUUACAAGUAGAUUCUCCAGUGCAGUUGCCACGUAAAAGAUCAUUUAUUGACUCUCAAAAUUCCAUAACGGAACAUGGUAUAUCUAGGUUACCUAAGAGACCCCACCGUGGGAAUACUCAACAACCUGGGCGCGAAUGGGAUAAUAAAGAUGAAUCCAAAAUUGUUGAUAACAGUUUUAUCCAAUUAUCGAAAGUAUGUAUCAAAUUGCAAUAUUUUCUCUCUUAA